AUCGGGAGCGCGACGCACGGCGCAUCCCAACUCCGACUCCGGGACUCUGGACGUCGCGCCGCGCCAAGCCGCCCCGGCAAAAUACGCAUGACACGACCGCUAUCAAGUCACCGCCGGGGGAUUUCGCGGUCGCCGCGCCAGUCAGAGUAUGCCACCCGCCGAGCACCCACGCCCGCUGCCGUUCUCCCCUUCGCGCCGCGCCACACAAAACCCACGCACCGCUGCUCGGCAGCUUGCAUCGCUUCCACGUGACCGCAACGCGUAUCUGCGCUGCGGGUUGCGUCCGUGUGACCGCUAUAACGCAACUGGAAUGCGUAUCUGCUUUGCGGGUUGCGUUCGUUCAGCCGUGUGAAGGGCAUCGCGUCGCCGGUAGACUAAUGUGUUAGUGUUUUUGUUCCGAGAAUGUAAAAAUUAAAAUUAAAAGAGGUAUAAGGAUUAAAGACACUCAUUUUUUACCGGAGAAUUAUUACGUGCGGCAAUUACUCGGGAAUAGGGAUCCGUGCGUUGACUUGUGAAUUCGAUGCGGUUCGAAGAGGUGGAAAAAACAUGUAAGCUUUAUCCUGUUCUCAAAUAAGUAUAUUGAAUUUUAAGAGUUCCCUUACGAGUAUCUGUUCGCUGAACUAUUAGAAUUUACGUUGUGUGUGGCUACGUGUUAAACAUAUAAUAGUUCACUCAGAAACUUUACACUAAAAUGAAGUGAAAUAUAGUGAAUUCCGAAGUUUCAAUUAAGGCUUAAGUUUUUGCAGCUCAUCUGAGAUAACCGUACGGCGUAGUUCAUACCUACACGUGAAAACUAAAGUUCAUCUUUGUGUUGUGACGCUUACUUGAUGCUUGUCGGAAAAGCGAUUUUUUUUUAAAAUUAUAGCUUUCACCGGUGACAUCAUUAUCUGAAAUACAAUUUGAAAGAAAUCUAAAAUAAUAAAAUACAAACAAAUGAGAGAUUUUCAUCUGAAAGGAAACACUAGGACUCUUGACUGUGAACGGUGCGGUGAGUGGAUGGUGCAAAAAACGCAACCUGGUGUAUUUAAGGACGCAUUUUGGAGAGGAUAAGAAACGCGCGGUGCAUCAUCGACGAAUUUUUCCUCAAGGUCUAAACUGACACGCUAAGAUCAUAGGCUCGGAAUCCACCCUGAUAGUCCUCCUGGAAAUGAGGCGAACGACCUGAUGAAAGGGGAGCCGACCGCCGUUGGAGAUCCCGGAAGGCGUGACGAGAAGCUGCGGACCAAUGCGCGUGGACUAGUCUCGAAAAUGCCACGAGCGAUUCCUGGCGAGCAAGAGACAUGGACGCCUCGGUAAGAUCCCUCAUCGUCGCUCUCAUCGUGGUCGGCAUUUGCGGGGAGCGGACCCCCAGCUCCGGCGAUGCGCCGACCCCCAGCUCCAUCUGCUUCGCCGCGGGCCACGGCCGAUUUUGCGCGCACCUCCGAGCUGCCGGAAACCUGAGCGCGGCGCCGAGCAUCGACUUCGUUCCCAACCUGGUCCUCCCGGUACCAUUCGCCUCCGCGCUCAACCUCUCCCACAAUGCAAUCGCCAACCUGAGGUUCCGGACGUCGACGAUCCAGCUCAUCGUCGACUACGCGCGGAACCUCACCUUCGACGAUCCCGCUCAGUUCAAGACCGCAACCUCACUCAGCGGUUUACAAUCUUUGAUCCUCAGCCACAAUAGGUUGCGGAACAUCCGAGGAAUCUUCACUCCUCUAGAAAACCUCCGACACUUGGACUUGUCGUACAACCUCAUCGUGGACAUCGACGAGGCCUUUGCUGAGAGUUCGCGGCUCCUGACUCUGGCGCUCAACAAUAACCAGAUCGAGAGUUUGCGGCGGGAGACGUUCGACCACCUGCGGAACCUCCAAACCCUGGACCUGUCCGGGAACCGGUUCACUCGGUUGAACCUGGACAUCUUCGAGUACCUGAGCGACCUCCUGGUGCUCCGAUUGAACGACAAUUUCCGCAGCUCGGAGGAGAACUUUAUUCUGAGCGCUGGGCAGAGGUUCGAACGGUUAGAAAUGGCCGCCACGAUGCUGACGCGAAUUCCGAUAGCGCUGACCAGGUCCAUCAGGGAGUUGGAUUUGUCUGAUAACGAGCUGGUCUCGCUCCAGUGCGGCGAGAUGGACAGCUAUCCCCUCCUCCGGAAUCUGACUCUGAAAGGCAAUAAACUAACGACGGUCGAGGAGGACAGUCUGGGUCGGCUGGAGUAUCUGCUGGAAUUGAACCUGCACGGCAAUCAUCUCCGGCAAAUCCCACUGAGCCUCCCACCAGGAUUGCGCUACCUAGAUCUGGGGGCUAACCGCAUCGAUAGUGUAAAUAGCACGGAUCUGCAAGGACUAGCAAACCUGCGGGUCUUAAUACUGAAUAGAAAUAAAAUCGAGUACAUAGAGGAGACAGCUUUUAAUGCAAUUAGCAGUUUAGAUCACUUAGACUUGUCGAAUAAUCCGAUAGUAGUGCUUACCAAUAGACAUUUCGUAGGUCUGAGGGUUGUGAAUUUACAGCUAUCAGGCCUGGAUCGACUUAGCUGUGCAGGCAUUGUAAGCUGCGAUAAGACGUUUCCCUUCACCGAGCUGGACCAUGUUGAAAAGAUCGACUUGGAAUCGAGUCCGGUGCUCGCUCAUCAGCUGGCGCUGGACCAGUCUGCUCAGCAAGCCUUGAGCCGUUUGAGGUAUUUGAGUCUGGCUAACGCCAAUUUGACGACCUUGAAUCAUAUAUUGGCGAAAAAUCUUAGACGCCUGGACACGCUCGAUCUAUCUCAGAAUCCACUCAACUGCUCAGGGCUAAGCUGGUUGAAAGAGUGGCUGUUGAGUUUGAAACCUAAUUUUACAGAUGAAAGCUCCGGCGAGGCAAAUAGGAGGGAUGAAUCCGUCACAAUAAGUAUACAAUUAACGCAAGAAAACGUUCCCGACCGACAAAAAAAUGAAAGCGUUGAAGUUCAAAUUCCCGUUUGCUUUUCACCGGAGCAGGAACGCGGAAAGUAUCUGACUGAUUUGAAGUUUGAAACAACGAGCGGUAAGAAAGCCGACCGGGCCGAUGUACCUAAACUUGAAGGUACGAAGAUCAAAGAGCGCUAUGAAGAAAAAUCAACCGAGCAAAUUCAUCCGCCUACCAAAACAAAUAAACUACCUGAAGAUACAAAGACUAGUAGAAAAAGCAAAAACUUGACUUCAAUGAAAGAACGAACGGAAGCGAAAAAAUCGACGGUUCAGGAGAUCCAAACUUCUGCACCCGAACAACUCGUGCUUUUGAAAACAGAAGGACUGAAUCAUGAAGGUUCCGAUAUCGGUGAUGUGGUUUCAAACUCCGUUUCGACGGUGGAAAAAAGUGAUGAGGUUUAUUACCAAAGCGACGAACCUGACGUUAACACGACGCAAUCGAAGAGUCCCGCAGUACUUAAGAGUUUUGGCGUACUGCACAGCAAAGACGUAGAGUACGCGACGACCGAACCUAUCCAGGCUGACGGUCCUUUCGCAUCGAGUCUGACGUCAUCGGAACUCGACGAGGCAAAAGCAUCAAAACUUGAGGUGAAAACCAUAAAUAAGACGCACAUUCAAUUGAGCCGAUCAGGAUCCCGAAGAAAUCAGAACGUUUCGAGACCCGAAUCACGAUUUAAUGAGACCGGUAAUCCAACAACCACACCUGCGCAUGAUAAUCACACUUCCGUUAAGGUACCUGAAAGCACAACAGCUAAAAAAACUAAAAAUUCUCAGAUCGGCUCUCACGAUUUGGCCCCCGCAGGAAAUUCCUCGAUCACAAAGCAAGAGCCGAGCGAUUACUCAGUCAUGACGCACACAAGUGAGGGUAGCCCAAAGUACAAUAGUAGUGCCAAAGUUACUGCCGAUAGUAAAAGUAGCGUUAAAGGAAAAUAUGGUAAGAGUGAUAACCGAAGAAUUGUUUCCACAACCACCAUAGAUCCUACAAUGUCAGAAACAUCGGAAAAAGUCAACGAGCAGACGACCACGACGCAAAAACCGCGCAAGAGCAAAACACAUGACGAACGUUUUGGAUCGCGGCCGGCAAGGAAGAAACUGAGUAAAAAAAUAAAAAACGAAACGACAAGCCAGGCAAUUACGCCACCUACACUCCAGGAGACGACCGUCAGUUCCGAGAAACAAGAAGAAGAGACGAGGUCAAGAAAAGAUCAGACGAAGCGAGAAAAAAUUGAAGAGACUCGAAUAACAGGUACGAAAAACAGCAACGGCAAAUUCACAGAGAGAGGACGUGCUCUGAUGACUCAUAGUGAAAUAAUACCUGAUACAGUUAAUGACAAAAUCCCCCAUAAACAAGAAGAAAGAACGGCUGAGAGACUAGGCACAGAUCUGAAGUCCAACACUCCAAAGCAUGUUCCAGAAGUAAACGAUAGAAGCAGCCCGUCCGACGAGGCAUAUGAUAAUUCACGAAUGAAUGACACGCCUGGACAUGUUUCAGAAAACAAGAACGUUACAGACAACAGUGAGCGUAAUGUAGGAAAACCAGUGAAAACUAGGAUGGACGGGAAAAGUCAAAAGAACAAUGAAAGUAGUAAAUCAACAUCAACUCCAACGUUAAAUGAAAGUAAAACAAAUCAGGGCGAAAACACUGGAAUCGAGAAGAACAAAGUGAUGAAUCUUGCAGAAAUGAUGGGACUACCGGUCGAUGAAACACCGAGCAACCAAAAUAAAAAUGAUAAGCAUCGCAAGUCGAGCAUAAUCGCAACUCCAGAUGAAAAAAUAGGUGUUGCCAGGGACAUAAGAAACGGCGGAUCUUCAGAUGGAGCGGUUAAUCCCUCACAGCAAGGCCUAUCCCGAGAGCAACUGAAAGGAGACAGCGACAAGACGUCGUCAGACCUGGGGAGCGAACAACUGGCGGACAAGAAGAUGGGCAAGGAGGAGCUGGACAAGGGCGGCUCGCACCCGGGGAUGCUCGUGUUUCUGCUCAUCGUCAGCGUGCUCCUCUUCACGUUGUCGCUCAUGCUCAUCUCGCACUGGACCUGGUGCCGACGGCUCAACAUGUACGAGCUCGGCGACCAGCAGAUCCUCGAGGAGAGCGACUACGAGAUAAAUAGUCUAACCAAUUUCAAGGAGCCGCAACGCUGGUGACUCGAGGCGCAGUCUCCCGGUAGCGAGGAGAGGUUCUGACUUUAUUCCACAAGAAGGUCCAGUUACACGAUCAAAUUGAGCCAUCAAAUUGGGCCUCUCAUUGGUCGCAUCCUCACCUCAGGUCUUUUUCCACCAAUCAGAGCUUCAAUUUGAUGACUCAAUUUGAUCGUGUAACUGGACCAUGAGCCACAGAGAGGAUUGGAAUCCAGAGUUUACUCAGACAGGUAAUGAUAACUGCGGACCAAUUGUUGAGAUUGAUAGACGAAGCGACAGACAAGGAGGACAUAAUGAGUUUGGAGCGAUCCUAUUGGUUAAUUUGGGUGGUCCUUACAGACUAAGGGGGUAAAUGAUGGACUAACUAUCGGGUCUCUCGUGAGUCGCCGUUAGUUAUAGUCUAUUAACUACCUCUUUGGUCUAUUUCAAUCACCCGCUUCCACCAAUAGGACCCCUCCAUAUAUCUUUUGUCUUCUUUCUCUAUAGCUUUCUCUAUCAAUUUCAACAAUCUACCCGCUGAACAGGUAUUUACAGAAGGGAGUAAACGCCUUUCCAGAAAUUGAGUUUUCGACGGAAUGCUGUGUUUUGAAGGUGGAAGCAUCGUACUUAUUGCCAAGGGACCAAAAUGAGGUUCUACCAAAAUUUCACUUUAAACGUCUUGUUUAACAUUUGGACUACAUUUUGGAAUCAGGAACUACGCUGGAACAAAAAGUCUCUCGGAUCUAGAGUCCAAACUCUUAAAAGAUUUGACAAGAAUGAAUACUCUUGAUUCAAUCGGAUUUUUGCUUGAAUUGAGAACCAAGCCUCAUAAUUUAAACGGUUUCCUUUCGAUUCAAAUAAAAUUUCGAUUGAAUCAAGAGUAUUUUUUCUUGUUAAAUUUUUUACAAGUCUGGACUCGGGAUCCAAAAGACUUCUUCCGAGUUUGAAAUUUCUGGCUCAUCCGUAACAUGUAUGAGCACGGGGAAACUAAUAGUAAAUAAUUUGUUUCAAACUGAGCCAGAAAUUGUUGUUCCCAAUUGCUAAAUGCGGUCCGUUUGAAAAACUGCUUUAAUGGAAAAAUACGAAAUUUCGGAGCCACCUUCCCCAGCAUAAGGAGUUUCCUAGUUAUUAAAGAUCACUGAAAACAGAAAGACUCAUGGAUCUAGAGUCCAGACUUUUAAAAAGUUGGACAGGAAAAAAUACUCUUUGAUUCAAUCAGAGUUUUUCUUAAAUUGACAGCCACGGCUCAUAAUUUAAGCGAAAAAUCCAUUCGAAUCGAGAGUAUUUAUUUUUGUCAAUUUUUUUAAGAGUCCGGACUCUGGAUCCAAGAGAUUUUUUUCCAGGGAAAGUAAGUAAGGGCACAAACUAUGAUUUUCAAUAUUGUUAUCAAACACGCAAGGUAUUCGACCGUCAUAAAUCUGCUAAAAAUGGCAGCGCUAGGCAGUUUUGUAGAAGAAAGGCAUAUCCACCAAAUUUUCGAAAUGCUUUAUUUCUUGCCCAAUCUCUUUUGUAAGCGUGAAGGAAUUUUUACGGUAGUCUAAUGAACUGGACUAAAUUUCGUUUGCUGUUUUCUGGAUAUCUGCACUUAAUUUGUUCUAAAUUAAUUGUUAAGUAGAUGUAGAACAUGCGAAAGACAUCCAUAACAGCAUACCUGCUGCAGCUGUAAUUAACAUGUAAAUGGAUUUGUAUUGAAUAUGGUGACUGUAAAUAGAACUUUUACUUUAUAGACUAAAUGAGUGAUUAUUAGUUGAUGUUCGACCACAUUAUUCUCUUUGAAAAAAUUGAAAAAAAGAGACUGUUUAUUGUGAACCUUAAGUUGAUUUGAGUGACUUUGAUCUUAGCUAUUUUGAUAAAAAUAACAACUAUCAAGUGUUGAAGCAGCUGAGAAAUGUACAGAUACACGCGUGCAAGGACAAUAGUUAUUCAACUGCAUACUAAGCGCUCAGUUCACAAACCAUUGAUAAAAUAUUAAAAAUAAAAAACAGGAAUGAUUUGCAAAUAAUAUAAAUUGCACAAUCUGAGGCAUAAAAAUCAACUGACGAGACACUUCUUAGCACUCAAUCUGUCAGAAAAAUAUGCUUCAACAUUCAAUAUUUUUAACAUGUGGCCAACUUUGAAAUUAUUUUUGUAUUAUUUGUAACAUAAGCUUUAAAUGUAAAAUAAAAACACUUUUGUACAUUAAACAUGUAAAUUUGUCGAGCGCUAUAUGAGCAAAGAACAUAAACAAAAUGCGCAUUCUUGUUUGUUGGCAGCUUUCCUUGUGUAAUGAGAAGAAUAAGUUGUUUUGAAAUAAAAAAGCAUAUUUCAUUUAA